AUGAAGCAUCUUAAAAAUGGUGAUCCAGAACCGUUUGUCGAUCCAAAUAGAUACACGUUAUUCGCUUUUCGUUUUUGUCCAUUCUGUGAACGUGUUAAAUUGACUUUAAGUUACCACAAAAUUGAUUAUGAUUUAAUAUUAGUCUCACUUAAUGAUAAACCAGAUUGGUUAAUAAAAUAUUCACUUAUGGGUAAAGUUCCAUUACUUAUGAAUCAUGGUGAUAAAUUACUUGAAUCUGAUUUAAUUAUGCGAUUUUUGGAUGAAUUAAAUGGUGAAAAAACUUCAUUAAUGAAUGUAUGUGGUGUAGAGAGUUUUCAAAAUGCUGCUGAAUUAUCUAAAAAGUUUUUCGGUCCUGGACAUACUAUAUUAUAUGGAGUGACCUUUAGUGAAUCAGAUGUGGUGAAAUUUCGUGAAGCUUGUUCUGAAUUGGAAAAUUCAAUCAAUAGUAAAUAUUUUGCCGGGAAUCAAUUGAGCUUGGCUGAUUUAAUCCUCUUCCCUAUGAUUGAUUACUUUGAAGUAAUAUUGGGCAUUAUUCAUAAUAUAAAUUGUGAUCAAGUUCAUGAAAUGAAAAUAGAUAAUGAAUUAUAUAAUGAAGCUAAAAUAUGGCCAAAUCUAUUCAAUUAUUUAACUACAAUGAGACAAGAAUCUUUUGUGUCUGAUAUAAGAAUAUCAACUAAUAUUAAAGCAAAAUUUGUUUCUUCUAAACGAGCUGGUUUAUCAAAUCCUGAUAUUCAUUAUCAAAUCAGUUUUUGUCAAUUCUGAUAAUCAUACUGGCGUCGUGAUGGAGCCUGUGAUUGAAUAGUUGGAUAGAUAUUCUAAUUCUGAAACCGAAGUUUACAUGGGAAAGUUUGAAAUCUGGAGUUUCAACAAAAUCAAUGUUAAGGAUGAUGAAAUUGUUUCAUUUUUUCAAACUCAUCGGAUGUUUGUAGAUAUAUCUAUUUCAAUCCCUUGUAUAACUCUCAAAUAACUACCAUUAAAUCAUGUAAACUAUACAAACUUUGAAUGCCGUGAAAGAUCGAAAUUUCAUGAAAUGAUUCUUUAGAAUAACCAGAAUGUUAAAGAGUUUAUGCUCAAAUUGAGGAAACGAGCAGUCAAGUGUAAUCUGUGUGAUCGACUUCAUGUCCGACUGUGUGGAGAAUUAAUUGAAAAAACUGACACACCAAAUAUGGAAAAAG